CCGAUAAGGAGGAUUUGGCAGCCGGUAAAUAUCAACUUUACGAAGAAAAAAUGAAUGAACUAGCCCAAGGGUUUCAACAAUGUCACAAAAUGUUUCCAGGAGUUAUUGCCGGAGGCCAGAGAGAGCAAACCGAUAGAAUAUCAGAUAAUAACCAAGAAACUGAAAUUAAAGAAACCCCCAUCCUCUCCCGAAAACAAAAGAGAAAGUUAAAGAAGAAAUUGGAGAUUAGUCAGUAUUAUAGGACCAAAUCAGGACGAUCGACUGUGGAUGAUGAAAAAAUUAGAGAAUUAGUAAAGCAAUUGAAUAAUUUAACCAAUAUAAAAUUUUUGCGAGAUAAUAA